AACAGACUACUACAUAAGCAAACGACCGCUUCAACGAUACAUUACUCGUUAUUUAAAUUUUUUUUUAUCCGUUUGUAUUCGAUUCUCUUGGCACAAUGUUCGCGUCUAAAAUUCAAACUCAAAAUGAGAACAAAGUGAACUUUAAAAAGAAAACUUACGCGGAACUACAGGAACUGUAUGAACGACAACGCAAGAUCCUCAGUAACAAACGAUUCAUUGAGGGAUUACCUGACAAAGGUGAGAAACUGAAACAAUUCAUUGCUCAGCUGGACGUUGAACUGAACAUUCGUGACGUUCACAAAAAGCUGUGCACAGACAUGUUGGCGUUGAAAAUUGGCAAAGACCAAUUGGAUACCCUCGAAUGGACUGGUAAACAUGCCACGGCAAUACAUAAGAAUAAUCAGUCAGAUGUCGUUGACGAUGAUGAAGAUGUGUUGAAAAUGUUUGCUUCACAUUCGGGAGUUUACCAAGAUAAAAUAAUCAUAAAAGAAAAACCAGAAAAACCAUUGAUUAAACCAUCGGAUUUAAUUGAGGAAGAUCCUAUUGAAAAUAAACAGCAAGAUUACGAUUCUAUAGGAUUUUCAGAAAACAUGGAGCGUUAUGCUAAAAAUUUGUGUGGCCGUAUUGAUAAUCAUUCGUCUACAGAUAAAAAACAUUUUUUAUUAAAUAAACCGGCUGUACCAAACAAACAUAGUACAGUUAAAAUAGCAGAUGUAAGCCUCAAGGAAUCUGUCAAGUUACAGGUCACUUACGAUAGUAAAUUGAAGGAACUAAAAGCUGAGAAUUUGAAACAAAAAUCAUUUCCAAAGUUCGACACUAGUAGUUAUCGAAAUACUAGUUUAUUCAACUUUGAUAACAUUGAAGAUGAUAGUGAUGAUAAUAAUGACAUAUUUGAUAAUGACAGUGAUGCAUAAUUUAAAAUGUUGUGUUGUAGUUGCUGUUAUAUUUACAUUAUGUUCUUUGUAAAUAAACAACAUGUAAAAAUGUGUAAAAAUUAAAGUAUUGGUUAGGUUAAAUAUUUGAUUUUAAUUUUAUUUUUUAAUAAUUUUGUAUGGAAAUUUUUUUAUUAAUAUUUCAAUACUAUUAUUGUUUGUUAUAAAAGUAUUUAUCAAAUUGUAUAAAUUAUAAUUAAAAUUAAAUAAAUAUCAUCAUACAUUUGUAGUUUAUUUAAUAUGAACGUAUUAGCAAACUAAUAAAUUUACCUAUCUUUGAUCAUUUGUAAUACAUGUAAACAUUUAAAAUAAUUAUCACUUAUAGUAUUACUAUAAUAUUAUACCUUUUCUCAAAGGACAAUAAUUAGUUGGCCGACUAAUUGUUAUAUAUUUCCUACCAAUGACCCGUAUUAUUAGGAACUAGGGUAGUUGUAUUCAUAAUAGAAACAGGUACAACUGACUGAGACAAUUAUUUAAUAAUUAAUUUUACUGUAAGUUUUUAUACUUAAACACAUAUAAAUAUGUUCUAAACAUUUGUAAAAUAAUGUAAUUCUAUGUACCACUGUAAUGUCUUAUACCAUUUAUAUACACUGUAUUAAUAUAUAUAAAUAUAUAUAUAUUUUCAA